GAACCCACGAGCUGGGAGAUCAUGACCUGAACUGAAGUUGGAUGCUUAACCGAAUGUGCCACCCAGACACCCCUGUAAAUGAUUUUUAAAGGUGCUUUUAUUGUUUUAUCUUUUGAAGUUUACACACAAUAGAUCUGAAUGGGUUUGAAUAAUUAGAGAGUUAAUGAAAUCCGAAGUUUAUCACCUGUUACUGCCUUGCACAUUCCAAGAAUCUGAACAUGUUCCAACUUAGAACAGCCUGGGUUUAUAAAAACAAAAGUGGGUCACAGCGUUAACAUUCAGUGGGAGUGCAGUGGGAGUCUGAUUCCAACCCUGGCAUUGCUGGGGCUUGUGAUUGAUUUUUUUUUCUUUUACUUUACAAAAGUUUCUGAUGGGCGGAGCAUCUAGUAAUCCCUUUCAUUCCCAAACUGUGUUUCAACUUCCUUUUGGAGCAAGUGCUUUGCUGCUCUAAUCACAGCUUUUAGCAGAAGAGCAGCUGACAUAGUGUGAGCAGUGUCGGCUAUUAAAUGUGCCCCUAAAGGAUCCUCAAAAUGAGAUUUUCAGCACAGGUUGUUUGGCUUAUGUGGUGGACUGUUUGUGUUGCAGAAGAAACAUGUUCAAAAUCAGAGGUAACAAUUGAAAAUGGAUUUUUUUCUGAAUAUGAGCCUACAUAUUCCUUAAAUAAAGAAACACAGUAUCAAUGUAAACCAGGGUAUGUAACACCAGAUGGUAAAACUUCAGGACAGGUUACAUGUCUGGAAAGUGGAUGGUCACCUCAACCCACAUGUAUUAAAUCUUGUGACAUGCCAGUAUUUGAGAAUGCCAAAGCCAAAAGCAGUGGCACGUGGUUUAAACUCAAUGACAAGUUGCACUAUGAAUGCCACGAUGGAUACAAAAGCCAAGAUGGGCGCGCAGGUUCAAUAGUGUGUGGUAACGAUGGUUGGUCUCAUAAACCAGUAUGUUAUGAAAUAGAAUGCAAGAUUCCUGAAAUAGAAGAUAACUUAAAUACUCAGCCCAAAAAAGACAAAUAUAGAGUCGGAGAUGUGUUGAAAUUCUUCUGCAGACAAAGACUUAAAAGAGUUGGACCAGAUUCAGUUCAGUGUUACGACUUUGGAUGGUCCCCUAAUCUUCCAACAUGUAAAGAGCAAACAAAAAGGUGUUCUCCACCUCCUCAACUCCUUAAUGGGAACGUUAAAGAAACACAGAAAGAAAACUAUGAACACAACGAUUUGGUGGAAUAUGUGUGCAAUCCUAGAUUUCUGAUGAAGGGUUUUAAUAAAAUUCAGUGUGUUGAUGGAUGGUGGACAGACUUGCCUAUUUGUAUUGAGGUGGAGACUACAUGUGGAGAUAUACCAGAACUUAAUUAUGGCUACGCUGUUCAGACUUCUAACCCUCCCUAUCACCAUGGAGAUUCAGUGGAGUUCAAUUGCAGAGAAGGAUUCACAAUGAUUGGACAGAAAUCAAUUACAUGUAUAAGUGGAUCAUGGACCCAACUUCCUCAGUGCAUUGCAACAGAUGAACUUCAGAAGUGUAAAUACAGCUUAACUAUACGUGACGUAAAUCCAUUUAAGACCGAAUUUGAUCAUAAUGAGAACAUACGUUACAAAUGUAGAGGAAAAUUAGAACAGAAGCACUCAACGUGCAUAAAUGGAAGAUGGGAUCCUGAACUAACCUGCACAGAAGUACAAAUGCAGUCAUGCCCACCUCCACCUCAGAUUCCCAAUGCUCACAAUAUGGCAACGACGGUAAAUUAUCAGGAUGGAGAAAAAGUAUCUGUUGUCUGUCAAAACAAUUAUAUAAUUCAGGAUGCAGAGGAAAUCGUGUGCAAGGAUGGAAGAUGGCAGUCAAUACCACACUGCGUUGAAAAAAGCCCAUGUCCUCAACCACCUCAGAUAGAACAUGGAACCAUUAAAUCAUCUCAAUUUUCAGAAGAGAUGGACGAAACAUUGAAACCUGAGGUUUAUGUACAUGGCACCAAAUUAAAUUACAUUUGCGAGGAUGGUUUCAGGAUAUCUGGAAAAGAUGAGAUAACGUGCCACAUGGGAAAAUGGAGUUCUCCACCUCGGUGUGUAGGACUUUCUUGUGAGCCACCAGACUUGAUUCCACAUGGUAUUCUAUCUCACGUAUCAGACAGUUACCAAUAUGGGGAAGAAGUAACAUACAAAUGCACCAAAGGUUUUGAGAUUAAUGGACCUGCAUUCAUAAGAUGUAUAGGAGGAAAAUGGUCCCAUGCACCAGAAUGCAAAAACACGGAUUGUUUUAGCUUACCCGACUUCGGUAAUGCCACACCCAUAGGCCAGAAGAAGACGUUCUAUAGGUCAGGAGAAAAAGUGACUUAUAAAUGUCCAAAUAAUUACCUUUUGGAUGGACCAAAUACUAUCCAGUGUAUUAACAGCCAAUGGAUAGGAAAGCCAAUAUGCAGAGAUAUUUCCUGUGGGAAUCCACCCAGAGUGAAAAAUGCUAUUAUACUGGAUGAGAUGUCUAAGUAUCUACCUGGUCAGAGGGCACGUUAUGAAUGCAUCAUACCUUUUUACCUGGUUGGGGGCAGAGAAGUGACAUGUUCAAAUGGGAACUGGACACCACCACCUCAGUGCGUAGACCCUAAAGAAAAAUGUGGGCCCCCUCCGGCUAUUGACAAUGGAGACAUGACCACAUUCCUAACAUCAGAAUAUGCUCCAGGGUCAUCUGUUGAGUACCAGUGCCAGUCCUUGUAUGUGCUUGAGGGAAACAAGGUCAUCACAUGCAGAUAUGGACAGUGGUCAGAACCGCCAAAGUGCUUGGAUGUUUGUAUAGUAUCAGAAGAAACCAUGAGAAAACAUAACAUACAAUUAGGAUGGUCUUCUAAGAAAAAGAGAUAUUUCCAAACAAGGGAAACUGUUCAAUUUCAAUGUAAUUCUGGAUAUCGUAGACAGACAUCACAACAAACAUUCCAAGCAACCUGUUGGGACGGGAAACUGACCUAUCCUGUUUGUGUACAAAACAUGGUUAAGAUGCAGUCCUAAAAUUAAAACAUGUACAUUUAUUCAAAUUUUCAUGCUUAUUUUGUCAGGUAUUGUUAAACUCCUUUAUAUUCAUAUCAGAAUCUGUGUUAAAUAUUUCAUGGAUGAUGUAAUUAUAAUCUGAGAAGUGAAUAAAUCACUUCUUAAGAGCACUUCAUUAAAACUUGGCAAACCAAAA